AUCAGCUGAUUGUCAGCAAUUGUCAGUGGGGGACAAAAAAAAAAGUAAAUAAAUAAAUAAAAAAAAAUAACGACAUAAGAAGGGAUAUAAAAUUAUAAAAUUCCAAUGUAUCUGCACACAAAGGAAAAUAAUAAAAAUCAUAACCAGCUGUUUGUGUUUUAAUCUGAUUUUUAUGGAUUAUUUAUAAUGAAACUAAUUAAAAAAUAAAUUAAUUCAAAUGAUUAAUAGAGUAUUUAGUUUUAUUUAGUUUUAUUUGACACAACGAGAUGCUUGGAUAUCUCUUUGGCUAUCAAAAAUCAUUUAGAGUAAUAAUUUUAAGUUGAUAGCAAAAAAACACCAAGAUAAAUAAAGUUCAUUUCCUUGGUGUUGAUUCGGGGGCCACUGAGUCAUAUCUAAGAUGGCAUACUCGGUUAAUCAAAGGCCUUUAUUGGGUCUUGAAAAUGACAGCGAAUUUGAUGAUGACAUUGAACCUGAUUUUGACAAUGCAACAGUAUCAAUUCAAGAUAAAAAAUUAUUACUAAAUAAUCAACCAAAAGAUAGAUUUAAUUUUGCUUAUAUUGUUUUUUAUCUUCUUGGCAUCAACACAAUGGUACCAUGGAAUUUUUUCAUGACUGCAAAUGAUUAUUGGAUGUAUAAAUUUCGUGAAAUACAUGAAAAUAAUACUGGCCAUGAUCAUUAUUCACACAUGGAAAUAAUGGCCAACAAAACAGAGCUACAAGCAAGUUUUACAUCUUACCUAAAUGUUGCGAGUGCAGUUCCAAGUUUAUGUUUUUUAAUUCUCAAUGCAUUUCUUUGUGAUUGGAUAUCAAUGAAAACAAGAAUGAUAACAUCACAAUUAAUGAUACUGUUGUUAUUCCUAUUGACAACUUCAUUUGUUAAAAUAAACACAGACAAAUGGCAAGAUGAUUUUUUGAUAAUAACACUUGUAACUGUUGCAAUUGUCAGUGCUUUGAGUUCAAUAUUUGGUGGUACAUUAUUUGGUAUUGUUGGACGUUUUUCACCAAAAUACAUAACAGCAAUGUCAGGUGGACAAGCAUUGAGUGGUAUUGUAACAACAAUUGUUGCAAUAACAUCAAUAUGGAUUGGUGCUAGUCCAGUUAUUUCUGGACUUGUUUAUUUUGCAAUUGGUGAUGUUGUUAUACUUUGUUCAUUUAUUGCAUAUUUAUUUCUUGAUAAACAAGAAUUUUUUAAAUAUCACAUGAAAGAAGAUAUGUGUAUUCAACAGCCAAAUUUUUCAUUGAAUAAUGAAGUUAGCUUUGUCGAAGGCCACAGAGUAUCAUUUAAAAAAAUUCUAAUUAAAAUAUGGCCAUAUGGAUUUAGUAUGUUUAUGGUUUUUUUUGUUUCAAUGUCAGUUUAUCCAGCUGUUACUGUUUUGGUUGAAAGUCAAGACAAAGGAAAACAUAAUCCAUGGAAUGAUGUUUAUUUUGUACCUGUUGUUACAUUUCUUGUAUUUAGCUGUGGGGAUUAUGCUGGUCGUUUGCUGUCUGGUUUUUUUCUCUGGCCAAAAAGAAAACCUUGGCUUGUUGUGCUGUUAUCAAUAUUGAGAAUAUUAUUUAUUCCUGCAUUUUUAUUUUGCAAUGUACAACCUCGUAAGAAUUUACCAGUUUAUAUAACAAGUGAUAUUUAUUAUAUUAUUCUUACUGUUUUAUUUGCAAUUGGUAAUGGAUAUUUAUGCAAUAUUUCAUUUGUACUUGCUCCUACAAUGGUAGAACAGCAAGAUCAAGAAGUUGCUGCUGCAAUGAUGGGUGCUUUUCUUGGCUUAGGUCUUACAUUUGGGUCAGCGAUAAGUCUUAUUUUUGUUAAAAUAAUUUAGCACAAUUUACUGUAAUAAUAAACAUAUACUAAAUUUUAUAAUUAUACUUAUUAUUUUUUGUAAAAAUAUAUUAUUUUUUUAGAUAAAAAUUUUUAAUAUUAUAUUCUAUUAUUAAUUUUAAUAUUUAUUUUCAAUUAUAAUAAAUAAUAAUUGUUAAAAGUAAGGCAGUUGUUGGUUUGUAAUAAUUAUUAAUUACUUACUUCCUGGGACAAUUGCAGCUAGCUAAAUAAAUAAAUAAAAAUUGCAAAAUUAUCUAGUCACCAGUGUCAAUGUUACAUUAAAAAAAGCACCACAACAAUCAACAAAAAUCUGUAAAAAUAAAA